GAUGUUUAUCAAACACGAGGCACUAAGACCCUGGGGAGGAGUGCGGCUGCGGCCGGAAGCAGGAUGGCGGACAGAAAGAUGGCCGCGCGCGAGGAUUUCUACAACGAAGUUCUCAGUCCCUCGGAGCUGUUUGCGGCCCGAUCCCGCAGUCGGAAGAUCCCGGUCCGAGGACAGAAGGACUUCUUCCCGGACGAGUCUGAGGAGCAGAGGCAGCGGCUGCAGCAGAGUCUGGACGAACACUGGAGCCUGGUCUCAGAGGAGAGGGUGGAGCGCCUAGGAAACCUGGUGAAAGGCGUGUGGUUGCCGUGCCGGCGGCUGGUGGAGCUGCAGUCUCCUGCCGGAAAGUUCUGGCAGACGGCGGGCUUCUCCGCGGACGGAAAGCAGUACCUCCUCCCAGAAGAGGCUCUGUACCUGAUGGAGUGUGGGAGCGUGCAGAUCUUCCACGAGGACCUGCCCAUCUCCAUCCAGGACGGGUACGAGGCGUUCCUGUCUGCAGACACGGUGACCCUGCAGCAGUUUCAGGUCUUUGGACACCUGAAGAGGCUCGGCUACGUGGUGCACAGGUUUGAUCCCGGCUCCGAGCCGACGCCGUACGCUCGACAGCUGAACCUCCCCCUGUCCCGGGCCAGAGCAGGACGGGCGCCGAAGAGGAGGCGGAGCUCCAGCCCGCCGCAGACCUGCAGCGGCGCCCUCGCACAGCAGGAGAAGAUGGAGGCGGGGCAGUGCAGCUCCGGGCGCCAGCCCACGCCUGCGGAGGAGAAAGACCCCAGGAGCCCUGCAGGUGGAGGCGAAGACGGGGGCCAGGCUUGGUGGCUGUCUGAGGAGCGCACAGGUCAAAGACGGACUCACAGCUCCGCCCCCUCACGCUGGGACUUCAGCGGCCUCGCUUUCCCGGACCUGGGUUCUGGGGAGGGGCUGGUGGCCCCUCCAGACCCCGCCCUGCUGCCUGGGGGCCUGAGCGUGGGCGUCUGUGACGUAGCCUCCUGGAGGCAGAAGGUCAACCUGCGGAGGGUUAAGGUGUCGGAGAAGGAGCAGAGGAGGGAGGAGGUCCAAGGCAGGCGGAUGCAGCAGUGGAGCAGAGAGGUUCAGCGGUGCAGAAACUGGGCGGAGUAUCAGGAGCUCCUGGAGAGGCGAGGGGCGGGGCAUCCGGGCCAACCAGCUCACCUGUGGAGCGGCGAGGUCACGCCCUUACAUGACCCAACGCAUCCCAUCACCACAGCGGAGCUGCUGGAGAAACUCCGAGUCCUCCAACCGUCUCACCUGCUGGAGGGCGCGUCCAGGUUAAACGGUUCUGACCAGUGGAGGAUCAGCUUCAACGUCUACCAGCCGGACUCGGCGGCCGAUUUCAAGAAGAGCAACCCGGGGAGGCCGUAUGCGCGCAUGUGCGUGUGCAGCUUCCAGGGGCCGGUGCCAGACCUGCGGACCAUCAAGCAGCUGGCCUUCCAGAGCGGAGACGUCCCCGUCGUCUUUGCCGUCGUGGACUAUGGGGACAUUUCCUUUUACACCUUCAAGGACUUCCAGCUGCCCCAGGACGUCCACCCCUGACUCGCCUCCGUCCGGGAGGUUCCAGGAGCCGCCGCUGCUCCUCGUCGCUCUGUAGACGUUCAGACCGCUGGUUUGAAGGUUUGAGCUGUGGAAAGACGGCCUGUUGGCUCCGGAAGCCUUCUGGGACGUCACAUCCAUCAUAUUCUAUGACAUCCUUUCAGAAAACUAAACUGCUGAAAUGAAAUGUUUGCAUUUAAACAAUAAAGAGUGAAUUCAUGAUGUCACCAGUGCAGCCAAUAAAGCAGCUCUGCUUUCAGCAGAA